UAGAAUAGGCUACUUAUGGCAAACAUUUGUACAUUCAUUCUAAUUAUAUCCUAUUGCAAAUACACUCACAAUAGUAUAGUAAAAAAAUAGUUAUUUGUGAUUGGACCAGUGUAGUGAAAUGAGACUGGAGCCGCCUGGCAGAAGCCCCUCCUUGACGCGAAUUCGCGUCUGUUGUGACUUGAAUUUCACGCGCGAAUGAAGCGAGUAAACUCAAAAUGUUCAAGCGUCCAACUACGCGCGAAUAGCGCGAUUUAUUCGCGCAAGUCGCGUCUGGUGUGAACGCACAGUUAGAACGUUCGUCGGCCAAUCAGAUUCAAGCAUUCACUUGAUGCAUUUUUUAAAUGUUUUUUCUCUAAUCUCAGCUCCUCUGCGCAAGCUGUUGUGACGUCACAUUUAGAACGUCUCGCCUAGGCUUGGAACUUGCUCAUUUUGUGGGUUAAAGUGUCGGAGUGUAGAUUGAUCAACUGGUUGCUGUCAGACUUUUAUCGAGUGAUAAAUAUUGUUAUCAUGAGAUUACUUUCACGACUGAAAAAAAUGAUUGAGAAGGAGUGUGUACAAGAACCAUGUGUUCUUCUCAAACACACUUGUAACACGGUGGAGAACCAUCCUCCUCAUCGGCCUGAUGAGGUUCCCGUUGUUGCUGGUGGUUUUGAUGGAGGAAAGGGGGCAGAAAGAGAGGAGAAAAGGAAAAAGAAGAGCUUCUGGAGGGGGCCAGCUCUCUGCUUUCCUCACCGGAGAGCCACUAAAUAUGAUCUGGCUAAAGCUGAGAAUAAGUACCAGGCAGAAGCCGGAUCAUAUCAGACAUUUACCGAUGCUCCAGCUUCUAAAGUCCACCCUGUUCCUGCUGAGGAACAGCGAGAGCAGAAUGUCCCAGGCAAAGGCCACAUCCGCAGCCAUUAUAAAAUCGGCCCAAAACUGGGUCAGGGAGGAUUUGGCUUCGUCUACGAAGGGACACGCUGCAAAGAUGGACUUGAGGUGGCUGUGAAAUUUUCAGUGAAGUCACCAAACAUGCCAUUUAUCAGAGUGCCUGGUCAUCCCGAAGGCAUCCCAAUGGAGAUAGGCCUGACACUCAUGGCCAAUAAAAACCCCAGAGCUCCUGAGAUCAUAAAAAUUCUGGACUGGGAGGACAACGAAGACCACUUCAUUAUGGUCCUGGAGCGGCCCAUGCCCUGCAUGGAUUUAAAAAGUUUCGUAAAGCUCCACGGAGAGAGUCUUGAUGAGGGGACGGCACGAAACAUCAUGCGGCAGGUCAUUGAAGCCGCUAACAUUUGUGUCAAGCGUGGUGUCUUUCAUCGGGACAUAAAAAUGGAGAACCUGCUGGUAAACCAGGACACCAUGGAGGUGAAAUUGAUUGACUUUGGGUGUGGUGUGCAAAUGAAGAGAUUUGGCUACAAAGUCUUCAGUGGCACAAAAAUAUACUGUCCACCAGAGGUCACCGUGAAUGGCAGAUACCAUGCAAAGCCGACAACAGUGUGGUCGCUAGGGAUCCUCCUGUUCAUGAUGGUGUGCGGAUAUUAUCCCACAGAAUACGACCUGGAUCUGAUCAGUAAGAGGAGCUGGACCAGACCUGGCCUGUCACAAGAAUGCUGCCAGAUGAUUUCUUCAUGUCUGCAGUCUGAUCCACAGCGGAGGAUCCAUCUGGAGAAGAUGCAUCUCCAUGACUGGUUUCAGGUCAUGGAGUAAGACACGAAGAACUUAAGAAAACAACUCCUGUCACAGCCAACCUGUUGUUUUCUAUCUUCAGUAAGCUUUGCAUCUGGCGGGCUGAUAUAAGUGGCUUUUCCAUCCCUCCACUCAAGCCUUACCAUCUUAUGAGGGCCGGCAUGUCCUGGUAGCGUUUGCUGCCUCGACUUGUAAUAGUUAUUUGCAUAGCUUUUAAAUUUAUAUAUACUUCUAGAAAAUUAGUAAGACAUUUUGUAAGAUAAGUGUAUAAGGUAAAUCUGUAAGAUAGACAAGUGUUUAAGUGUAUGCGAUAGAUAAGUCUAUACAUUUAAAGAUAAGUGUAUAAGAUAGAUAAGUGUAUAAGAUAAGUUUAUAAGUGUAUAAGAUAGAUAAGUGUAGAAGUUGUAAGAUAAGUGUAUAAGAUAGAUACGUUUAUAAGUGUAUAAGAUAGAUAAGUGUAGAAGUUUAUAAGAUAAGUAUAAUUUAAUAAGAUAAUUGAAUUUAUAAAAAACCUGGUAAGAAAAAAUAUAAUAAAGUAUAUA